UUCCCUGUUCCACGGAGCACUUGUCUCGUCAGACCCCACGCAGCGCGCGAUCAAACAGGAACCACGGGGCACAUGCUCCGGCUGGAUCUGCUGGAGACUGAGGAGCCGCGGGGUUCGAUCCGUCCACGUUUGGCUGUCCGCUGAUGAACUGAGUCGGAGCGCUUCAACUGGUGUUUGGAUGCUGACAGGAUGCGGUCGGGAUCCGGCGCGGGGACCGGUUGGUGAUCAGGUUUUCCCUGCUCUCAGAAGGAGCCUGCCGGGUCUCACCUGAACUUUAGGAGAUGGACAGCUGGACAGGAUGGAGGGAGCGCGCUUUCCAGUGAGGCCACCUCGUUCCUCAUCCUUCCAGCUGACGCCAGCAGAGGUUUGGAUGAAGCGCGCCGGUUGUGAUGCGUCUCCCCUCCACUCCCACUGACACCCGCUCGGAUUUUCCCUCUUGGAUCUGUGCGUUUCCAGAAUGGCUCGCUUCGCGGAUGAUCUUCCCAGCCGGUAUGGAGGAGGCGCGGGCGGCGGAGGGAGAGGGGGCCCGGGCGCCGGGAGAGGGGGCGCCCGGGGCGGCGGCGCUCCGGGCGGCCAGAGGAUGUACAAGCAGUCCAUGGCCCAGAGAGCCCGGACUAUGGCCAUCUACAACCCCAACCCCGUCAAGCAGAACUGCUUCACCGUCAACCGCUCCCUCUUCAUCUUCCGCGAGGACAACCUCAUCAGGAAGUACGCCAAGCGGAUCACAGAGUGGCCUCCCUUUGAGUACAUGAUCCUGGCUACAAUCAUCGCCAACUGCAUCGUCCUGGCUUUGGAGCAACAUCUACCAGCUAGUGACAAGACGCCGAUGUCGGAGCGCCUGGACGACACAGAGCCCUACUUUAUUGGAAUAUUCUGUUUUGAGGCUGCCAUUAAGAUCAUCGCCCUGGGCUUUGCUUUUCACAAAGGCUCCUACCUCCGCAACGGCUGGAAUGUAAUGGACUUCGUGGUCGUCCUCACAGGGAUCCUCGCCACGGUGGGUUCGGAUUUUGACCUGCGGACCCUCCGAGCUGUGAGAGUGCUGAGGCCGCUGAAACUGGUGUCAGGAAUCCCCAGUCUUCAGGUGGUGUUGAAGUCCAUAAUGAAAGCCAUGGUGCCGCUGCUUCAGAUUGGCUUGCUGCUGUUCUUUGCCAUCGUGAUGUUUGCCAUCAUUGGUGUGGAGUUUUACAUGGGGAAGUUUCAUACCACCUGCUUCAAGAUCGACACCGGUGAGAGAGCAGCUGACUGGCCUUGUGGUCAGGAACCUCCAGCCAGGACUUGUCCCAACGGAACCCACUGCCGAGAGUACUGGACUGGACCCAACUUUGGUAUCACCAACUUCGACAACAUCCUGUUUGCGGUGCUAACUGUGUUCCAGUGCAUCACCAUGGAGGGCUGGGUGGACAUCCUCUACAGCACCAAUGAUGUGGUUGGAAACACGUGGAACUGGCUCUACUUCAUCCCCCUCAUCAUCAUCGGCUCCUUUUUCAUGCUCAACCUGGUGCUUGGUGUCCUUUCAGGCGAAUUUGCCAAAGAGCGAGAGCGUGUGGAGAAGAGGCAGGAGUUCCUGAAGCUCCGUCGACAGCAGCAGAUCGAGAGGGAGCUCACCGGAUAUUUGGAGUGGAUCUGUAAAGCAGAGGAAGUUUUACUGGAGGAGGAAGAUGAGAUUGCAGAGGAGAAGUCGCCGCUGGACGGUGCCUGGUACAAGAGGAAGCAGAACCUUUCAGUUCUGAAGCGAGGCAAGAUCAAAAAAGUUAAAAAUGACUUAAUGGGUGCAGAGGAGGGAGAGGAUCCUUUCGCCGACAUGUCUUCUGUUGCUCCUCCCAGCUCUCCGUUUGGUCGGGCGAGUGUGAAAAGCGGCGGGAAGAUGGACAGCUCCUCCUACUUCAGGCGUAAAGAGAAAAGGAUCCGCUUCUUCAUCCGCCGCAUGGUGAAGGCUCAGAGUUUCUACUGGAUCGUUCUGUGCCUGGUGGGCCUGAACACUCUGUGCGUGGCCAUCGUCCACUACGACCAGCCCGAGUGGCUGACCAGAGCUCUCUACACAGCCGAGUUUGUCUUCUUGGGUUUGUUCCUGACUGAGAUGACUCUGAAGAUGUACGGCCUCGGGGCCAGAAACUACUUCCACUCCUCCUUCAACUGCUUUGACUUUGGGGUGAUUGUGGGGAGCAUCUUCGAGGUGAUCUGGGACAUCAUCAAACCAGGAGCUUCGUUUGGCAUCAGUGUGCUGAGGGCCCUGAGACUUCUCCGGAUUUUUAAAGUCACCAAAUAUUGGAACUCACUGAGAAAUCUGGUGGUUUCCCUCCUCAACUCCAUGAAGUCCAUCAUCAGCUUGCUCUUCCUCCUCUUCCUCUUCAUCGUCGUCUUCGCCUUGCUGGGCAUGCAGCUCUUUGGAGGACAGUUUAAUUUUGAAGAUGAGACACCAACAACAAACUUUGAUACUUUUCCUGCAGCAAUCCUCACUGUGUUCCAGAUUCUGACCGGUGAGGACUGGAACGCCGUGAUGUACCACGGCAUCGAGUCCCAGGGAGGCGUCCGCCGCGGCAUGUUCUCCUCCAUCUACUUCAUCGUUCUCACUCUCUUUGGAAACUAUACCCUCCUGAACGUCUUCUUGGCUAUCGCUGUGGACAAUCUUGCAAACGCGCAGGAGCUGACAAAGGAUGAGGAGGAGCAGGAAGAGGCAGCCAAUAAGAAGCUGGCGCUGCAGAAGGCGUUGGAAGUGAAGGAAGUCAGCCCCAUGUCAGCUGCCAACAUCUCCAUCGCAGCUUUUGUAAAGCAAAAUCGAGAUGCGCUCUCUCGCAGGUCGUCCAUCAGCAGCAUUCAGUCACCCAGAGAGCAGCACCGCUCCUCCAAGAGCAUGUCGGUGUGGGAGCAGAGGACCAGCCAGCUGAGGAGGCACAACAUGAAGUCCAGCAGCGAGGCGCUCUUUAACGAGCUCAACCCUGAGGAACGCCUCCGGGUCUCCACCAUCCUCCACCUGCACCCCGACAUGAAGACGCACACCGACCGGCCGCUUGUGGUGGACGGAGACCAGACCCCCAGACCCCCCGACGGAGGCCAGGAGGAGGCAGAGGCUAACAGGCCGGACGGGGCGGGGGACAGCUUCCGCGCUCACUCCAGAAAGCAUCACCGCCAUCGGGACAGGAAUGGAAACGGCGGCGAGGGCAGAGGAGGGAGACACCACACACAUCACAGCCGGAGCAGAGAGAACGCAGCAGAGGGGACGGAGGGCUUUGAUGGAGGGCAGGGGUGCAGGCACCACUGCCAGGCCGGCUCUCCGGAGGAGGGGCCCGGUGACGUGCGGCGAGGGCAUCGCCACCAUCACUCCCGACCACAGAGAGAAGGAAAUGGGAUGCUGGCAAACGGCGCUCAAGGAGAGUGCAGAGGCAGAGGGGGGGAUGUGGGAGACGCUGGCACAGAGAGGAGGGGACGGAACUCCUGCAGGAGCAGAGCUCCGCCCACUCUGGAAGGAGGCGACUGCAGAAAGCACGGAGCGUUCAGGGAGGGGCAGGAGGAGGACAGCCCCGCCUGCAGCCCCGUGCAGCAAACGCGCAGCAGCCUGACCUUCAGCGAAAAGCAGGAGGACGCUGACAACCUGAGGAACUCCACCCGGGCCAGCCAGGCGGGCCUCAACAGCAACGCCAUCCACAUCCCCGUCACUGUCACCGCCCCCCCCGGAGAGACCACCAUCAUACCCAUGAACAGCACUGACGAUGACGUCUUCCAACUGAGCGAGGAGAAGAAGGAUCUGGACGAGGAGGAGGACGAAGCUAACGGGCCCCGGCAGAUCCUUCCCUACAGCUCCAUGUUCAUCUUUGGACAAACUAACCCGGUGAGGCGCCUGUGUCAUUAUGUGGUCAACCUCCGCUACUUUGAAAUGUGCAUCCUGAUGGUCAUCACCAUGAGCAGCAUCACCCUGGCAGCCGAAGACCCCGUCCAGGCCAACGCACCACGCAACAACGUUCUGAAGUAUCUGGAUUAUGUCUUCACUGGAGUCUUCACCUUUGAGAUGGUGAUUAAGAUGAUCGACCUGGGUCUGCUCCUUCAUCCGGGCUCUUACUUCCGUGACCUGUGGAACAUCCUGGACUUCAUUGUGGUCAGUGGAGCUCUUGUGGCCUUUGCCUGCUCGAGUCUCAUGGGGGGGACCAAAGGCAAAGACAUCAACACCAUCAAGUCCCUCAGAGUCCUGCGAGUCCUGCGGCCGCUCAAGACCAUCAAACGCCUGCCCAAGCUGAAGGCCGUGUUUGAUUGUGUUGUGAACUCUCUGAAGAACGUCCUCAACAUCCUCAUCGUCUACAUCCUCUUCAUGUUCAUCUUUGCCGUUAUCGCUGUGCAGCUCUUCAAGGGGAAAUUCUUUUAUUGCACAGACGAGUCCAAGGGCCUGGAGAGGGACUGCAGGGGUCAGUUUUUGGAUUAUGACAGGGAUGACGUGACGGCUCAACCCAGAGAAUGGAAGAAGUACGAGUUUCACUAUGACAACGUCCUGUGGGCCUUCCUGACUCUCUUCACCGUGUCCACUGGAGAAGGCUGGCCAGUGGUCCUAAAACACUCUGUGGACGCCACAUACGAGGACCAGGGACCCAGCCCCGGCUUCCGCAUGGAGACCUCCAUCUUCUACGUGGUCUACUUUGUGGUCUUUCCCUUCUUCUUUGUCAACAUAUUCGUGGCUUUGAUCAUCAUAACCUUCCAGGAGCAAGGAGACAAGGCCAUGUCGGAGUGUAGCUUGGAGAAAAAUGAGAGGGCCUGUAUUGACUUUGCCAUCAACGCCAAGCCCCUGACACGCUACAUGCCAGAGAACAAACAGUCCUUCCAGUACAAGAUGUGGAAGUUUGUGGUGUCGCCGCCGUUUGAGUACGCCAUCAUGACUUUAAUCGCUCUCAACACCGUCGUGCUGAUGAUGAAGUUCUACGGAGCGCCGGACCUGUAUGAGUCGAUGCUGAAGUACCUGAACAUCGUGUUCACUGGCCUCUUUACGCUGGAGUGCAUCCUCAAGAUUAUUGCCUUCAACCCACUGAACUACCUGAAGGAACCCUGGAACGUCUUCGACUUUGUGACUGUGAUUGGAAGCAUCACCGACAUUUUAUUUACAGAGAUAAAUACGAACAAGAUGAUAAACUUGAGUUUCCUGAGGCUGUUCAGAGCGGCGCGCCUCAUCAAGCUGCUGCGACAGGGCUACACCAUCCGCAUCCUGCUGUGGACCUUCGUUCAGUCUUUUAAGGCUCUGCCAUACGUCUGCCUGCUCAUCGCCAUGUUGUUCUUCAUCUACGCCAUCAUCGGGAUGCAGGUGUUUGGUAACAUCGAGUUGAACGAGGAGGCUGCCAUCAAUCACCACAACAACUUCCAGACCUUCUUCCAGGCUUUGACUCUUCUGUUCAGGAGCGCCACAGGGGAGGCGUGGCACGAGAUCAUGCUGGCCUGCCUCAGCAACCGGCCGUGUGACAAACUGUCAGGAACCACGGAGAAGGAGUGCGGCAGUGACUUCGCCUACUUCUACUUUGUCUCCUUCAUCUUCCUCUGCUCCUUCCUGAUGCUGAACUUGUUUGUUGCUGUCAUCAUGGACAACUUUGAGUAUCUGACCCGGGACGCCUCCAUCCUGGGGCCUCACCACCUGGACGAGUUCAUCCGCGUUUGGGCAGAAUAUGACCCAGCUGCCUGCGGGAGGAUUUGCUAUCGGGAUAUGUACAAAUUAUUGCGUUUUAUCUCACCUCCCCUGGGCCUGGGCAAGAAGUGCCCCAACAGGGUGGCCUAUAAGCGACUGGUAAAGAUGAACAUGCCGAUUGCGGACGACAACACUGUUCAUUUCACUUCCACGCUGAUGGCUCUGAUCCGCACCGCCCUGGAGAUCAAACUUGCAUCUGGGGUCCUGGCACAGAGUCUUUGUGAUGCUGACCUGCGCAGGGAGAUAAACAAAGUUUGGCCAAACCUGUCUCCGAAAACUGCCAACUUGCUGGUGACGCCGCAUAAAUAUAAUGAACUGACGGUGGGGAAAGUGUAUGCAGCUCACAUGAUCUUUGACUACUACAAGCAGAACCGGGCCAAGAAACUCCAGCAGCAGAACCCCACAGGGGCGCCUCAGAAUAAACUGGGCGCCCUGUUCCGUCCUGUGCUGCCCUUCACUCACAUCCAUGCCUCAGAGCCCCCGAUGCCCAGCCCCAAGCAGCCCCUCCCACCUCAGCCUGAGCCAGAAACCAAAGCCGAGGCCCCGCCCACCACUGUCAGCACCACCGCCAACAUGACGACCAGCAGAGACGCAAUCCUGAACCAGAGGAAUACCAUAAAGCACUCCCAGUCUGGAGAUGUUUCUCAGACCUCACAGAGGCCCAGAGCUCGGAGGAGGCUGCAGAGAGGCCAGUCUGAGGACGUGCAGUACUCCUCAGAAGCACAGGAACAGCUGGAACUGAGGCAGGUGGAGAUUAUUUCCGACUCGGAGAGAUUUCCGAGCCUGGAGAGCCACUGCAGAGCGGCCUCGCUGCCCCGGCUCAACGCCGAGCACCACCGGAGCCACCCUCGCCACGCCCCCGGGACCCACCUGGCACCCAUCGUUGACCUCAGCCCCAUAAAGCGCUCGGCAUCCUCGCUGACGCCGCAGAGCCACCUCGAGGUGGAGCUGAGGGACUAUGACCUGGAGCAUGCCGGGCAGUCUCCGGUGGGGCCAGGACAGGAGGAGGAGAGGGUCCACCACCACCAUCACCACCACCGCUGCCACCGGCGCAGGGACAAGGACAGGGAGAAGAAACACAGGUCGCUGGAGAAAGCUGCAUCUGUGCAACCAGGCAGCACCACAGACCCCUCAGCCGACGGUUUUUCCAGAGAGCGAGCGAGGGAACGGGAUCGCAGUCGUCCCCACGAAAGAAGGCACCACUCCUCUGCGGGGGAGAAGCAGCGCUACUACUCCUGUGAGCGCUACGGCAGCAGAGAGCCGUGUCAGGCCCGGUCAGCCGGUCCCAGCCGGUCCACGUCUCCGGGGGAAGGCCAGGACUCUGGCUCCCUCAAACAGCAGGUUAGUGGUGCUGUAAAAGUCGGCCCCCCCACCGGCACUAGCACAGCAGGCCGAGGGCGUCGGCAGCUCCCUCAGACCCCCUUAACGCCUCGUCCAGGCGUGGCUUUCAAGACUGCCAGCUCCUCCGCUCUGCCAGGCAGCGCUUCCGUGGCGGGACACCAGGCUCGUCUGAGCCGAGGCCUUUCAGAGCACGACCGGCACCCUGUGGGCCACAGUGAGGCCCCGCUGUCCGUCACCUGCAUGGGUUCGGACCCGAACUUGAACAGGCAGCACCUGGACUCCUCCCGGCAGGCUCUCCUCGAAGAGUCGGAGGACUUCCAGGAUGCCGUGAGCAGCCAUGGAGGAGGACGCUUUGCCAGAACUGCUGCAGCCUCCCAGCGCGGCACUGCUGAGGCCGCCACAGCCACCGCCAUGCAGGGACGCGCCGCAGGCGUGCCCAACGGCUACCACUUCACCCUCGGAGUAAGCCCCGCCUCUGGAAGUGGGAGCAGAGGGACGCUGAACCUCAGGGAGAGGGAGGAGGACGACUGGUGCUGAGACGGCUGAUCUGUCGGAGUAUAAGUGCUUUUUUUGCCCCAAAGUCGGCUCUGUUCAGCGAGAACUGCAGGACUCGUCGUAAAGGGAGAUGUUAGGACAAAACAGUCAGGGAGAUGUGAUGGCAUAAGUGGUAUAAAUGGUAGAAGAACUAAACACUUGCACUGAAAUUCCAGCACAUUUGAACGAUUCUGCCAUAGAUAAAACGCUCAUUGAAGCAUUUCUCUGACACUGACUCGGCCGCUCACUGCCGGUCUACUUCUGGUCGUUUCGGGUGACGAUUCCAUUCUUAGUUCUGCCAUGACAUCAUCAGACCUGAUGAGCUACAAGUGGAGCUACAGCUUAGUUUCUGCAGUUUUCACGGUUGAGCAGAUGCUUUCCGGCAUUAAGUGGCUAAAAAACCAAGUGCCUCAUUUACCAUAACGUGUUGAGAUGUGGCUCAUGUAAGCUGGAAAAAUAUGAGGAACCAAGUCAGAAGGAAAGGAUGCAAAAAAACAAAACAUUUUUUAAACUAAAUUCUGUGGUAGAUACAUGUGAUUUAGUCCAGUUAAUCCAAAGUAAGCUUUGUAGUGCAUGAUAGGGUCGUCACAUGUGUUGUCUGUUCUUUGGUUAAAGAGUGUGUGAUGGACAUUUGCCUUUCUCUUUCACUGUCACUGCCAGCCUGUUCCAGAUGACGUCUCAGAAAGGGAACAGUGCCACUCUUGGAAUAAAUCCGAGACACAUGCCUCGUCGAGCAUGCAGUAUCGAUUUCCCGUUUGCCAUAUUAGCCUGAAUAUUGCAGGCGUCCUUCCUCUCAAGCUUUGACGUGAGAGCAGAGCUGGGGGUGUGAACUCGCAGGUCUGGUGUUGUCCCAGAAGACUGUUGACUCAAACGUAGGGCUAUGCAACAAGACGACACUUCACCCGGCCCGUAGCUUUACCCUCGGAAAGUUUCAGGCUUUCUCGUGACCAAAUUUUGUGUAUGAAGACUUGUAAAUGAUUCGUGUGUUAAAUGAUGUACAGACAACACAGUAAGGCACAAACACGGUCAAAGCUGACUGACAGGACGUGAAAUACGGGGCAUUUCUGUGGUUCGAAGGUCGGCUGUCUGCUCUGAAGGACCACCGUAAAUAAAACUGGAUCGAGAUGUAUUUUAAAUCCUUUUAGUGGCUUUAAACUUGCCAGGAGAUUCAUAUUCUUUCUAUCUGUAAAGUGUGAGGAACAAUGUCAUUCAUUAAAGAAAACAGAACACUGA